ACCGUAAUAUAACCUCAAUUUUUUCUUAUUGAUCUUUUGCAUUUGCGGAAGUAAACAUACCGAUUUUUAUAACUUUUCCUGGGUGAAAAUGGUAGUUUUUACUUGUAAUCACUGUGGAGAGACCCUUCACAAACCAAAGGUCGAGAAACAUUAUCAGUUUCAAUGUAGAAACUACAAAUCCGUCACAUGUGUGGAUUGUUUUAAGGAUUUUAAAAAUGAAGAAUAUGUAGUGCACACAAAAUGCAUAACAGAGGACGAGAGAUAUGCAGCUAAAGGCACAUAUAAAAAUGGAAUAGUGAAGAAAGGUGAAGUGAAACAGGAGAGUUGGUUGGAAAUGAUAAAGUCUAUCUGUGAAACUGAAACAAACCUCAAACCAUCGUGCAGAAAACUCCUGGAGACUAUAUCUGAGUAUUCUAAUGUACCAAGGAAAAAGCAGAAGUUUCUGAAUUUUAUUAGGAGUUCUUCUGGGAAUAGAGCAGUAAUGAAAGAUGUAGAAGAAGUUUGGGACAUAAUUGAGAAGUAUAAAACAAGCAACAGCCAAAAUAAUAUGAAAACCGGAGGAAAAGGGAAUGAUAAAGUUGAACUGAAAACAGAAAACUCUGAAAAAAGACCACUUGAAGAAUCAGAAUGUCUAAGUGUUAAGAAAAAAAAGCAGAAAACGUCAGAGACUGUUGCACCUGAAGCAACGGAUAUAAAAGAAGAUGAAAAUGCAGCACAGACUGUGAAAUUUGAUUUUAAGGCUAAUAUUUUGCAAAUUUUAUCAGAAAAGGACACUAUAUCUCUGAAAAAAUUGCAAAAGAAGGUUUUAAAAGCUUAUAUAAGUACGAUAGGACAGUACGAUAGUGAGGAUAAAAUUUUGAAAAAAUUUAAUAAAAAGCUGAAGAAGAUUCCUAGUAUUAAUAUCACAGAGAAUAGGGUAUCAUUAGAAAGUUAAAUAAAAAUAAAACGAUUAUUGAAUAA